AUCUACCGAGUUGAGGUUGAGAUUGUGCACCAUUGAUUGCCUUUGAUACACACGUUUUAUUAUUGCUAAACGUUAUAAUUUUUAAAAGAUUUACAAUACUAAUAAAAGAACACAAUAUAGCUACUGCUGCAUGCGUAAAAAAUCAUUUCGAUGUUCUUCAAAUAAGUAAAUGCGCAUGCCGGGCCGUACGAAACUUAUGAAAGUCUAGCCUGCAGUGGUCUAACCUCAGCAACAUGUUUCAUGGGUGUACACGGCUCUGCGCAAGUGGCCUGAGGCUACCUGCACAGAUCAUGUCAUCGAGGUACGCUGGCACUCUGUCCAAAGCAGAAGCGAGGAAACGGAGGAAUCAGCUUUUCGACGAGGAGAAGCGGAGGCAACGAUCGGAAUUGGGUAGAAUCGAGAAGAUAGAGGUCACAUAUAAAUCAGUGGAGGAUGAGAUUGUAAUGGUGAUGAAUCGGAACAUCUCCACGCCGUACGACUGUGCCAGGCACAUUUCCGAAAGCGUCGCCAAGAUGUCAGCAAUUGCCUCAGUGAACGAUCAAGUCUGGGACAUGCACAGGCCGUUUACAGGCAAUUGCGAGUUGCAGCUGAUGACCAUGCAAAGCCCGCGGUUACGCCAGAUCAAUAGCGCCUUCUGGCGUACCUGCUCGUUGAUCCUGGGCGCUGUGGCGGACAGCGCAUUUAAGGAUAACGUGAAUGUCCACCUACAUAGCUUUCCCAUCCCAAUAAUCACCUCUGGCAGCUUCACUUACGACGUAUUCAUCGAUCUGCCGGACUGGCGGCCAACUGAAUCUGAAUUACGCGCCAUGUCCGCACUCUUUGUCAAAUUGACGAAUCGCGAAUUGCUACUGGAACGAUUGGAAGUACCCUGCAGCAUUGCGCUGAACAUGUUUCAGGAUAAUCCCUUCAAGUCCGAGCAGAUACCCAAUAUCGCCAAAGACAGCGACAACGAUAUGGUAACGUUGUAUCGCAUGGGAGACCAUGUGGAUAUCAGCAAAGGCCCUAUGGUAGGCAACAGCGGCCUGAUAGGACGCGUUACUGUUUCUGCGAUACAUAGACUCACAGACGGGCCCGUGGACGGUCUGUAUCGCUUUCAAGGCAUCGCCUUGCCGAAAGGUAUUCUGCUUAAUCACUUCGCCUAUGGUAUCCUGGAGAAACGCGCUAAGAAAUUGAACACUACCACGUGGCAGCCUCAAGUGGAGGACGAAACGGUCAGCAUGACGGCAUCCGCGAAUUAAAGACACUCAUCACGUUAUUUAAGAACGUAUUCGUGUAAAUAAAUGCAUCUUUCAGUUGGUUUUAAA